UUAAGGUUAGCAGUGUGGUUAAGGUUAGGGUUAAGGUUAGCAGUGUGGUUAGGGUUAAUGUUAGGGUUAUCACACCUGUUCAUUGCUAUAUCUUUAGCUCUUCUUUUACCAUGGCAGAUUCCUAACCAUAAUCUUCCCCCUCCCCAGGUGUCCAAAGCGGCAGCGGACCUGAUGGCGUAUUGCGACGCCCACAUACGUGAGGACCCCCUCAUCGUGCCCGUGCCCGCCUCGGAGAACCCCUUCCGGGAGAAGAAGUUAUUCUGCACUAUCCUCUGAUGCCCAGUAGGGGGCAGACCAGCCUUAGGCCGGGCCCUGGUUCAGGCGUGGAAUAAUGCCUGGCGUCUCCUCUUCUGUCUUCACCGUACCUGAAGCUAACAACACGCUGUGAACGUAACCAGGAAGUGACUGCCCUUUCAGCCUUGUAGUUUUUCAACUUUUAGAUUUUUUUUUCUUUUUCUAAUGGUCUUCAAGUGCAAAAAAAACAUAUGAAAAUGUUCUUCAUUAAAAAAAAUCUUCAUGAAAAGGCAUCUGAUAGAAGUAAAUUCAUCCACAAAUAUAAUUAGACAUAUCACAAAUGUUAUGAUAUAAUCUUGAAGCCCAUUGAAAAGGUGGGGACAGUAAAGUGGAAGAGAUCAUCCCUUUCACAGUGAACUAACUUUACUACCGCUGGCAUAACACCUUACUGGCUACUGUUGAAUUGAAGUUGCCAGGUACACACUGUUGUCGUUGGUCAGCUCUGUCCCUAGAGGCUGAAGGGUUGGGUGGGUUAGAUACCUUUUUAAUCUGGCAACCCAGUGAGCUUGUUUGAGUGUAAAAGUCCCACUCCAGUUAUUUGAGAACUUUUCCCUUUGGAAAAAUGAUAUUCCAAGUAAUAAAUACAUUAAAGUACAACAACCAAAAUGUUUAAAAGGAAAAUGUAUUUUUAUUUUUUAUUUUAUUUUUUACACACAAUUGCGAAAUUCAAGUAGAUGGUCUAAUGCUCCACUCUGUGAUCAGCCUGCCCCCCUUUGCUUGAGGAAACAAUAGAGCAGUAAUUGAGGACAAAAGAGAGAGGCCCCCCUACUGUCAUGAGGAUACCUGAAGCACCUUUUGAGAUGUACCCUUUGUUAAGUAAAUCAUGUGAUAAAUGAGGUUCUAGGGAGGCUGGAGUGGGUCUUUAACGUCUCCUGUAUCUUUGAUAGGUUGGUUAUUAGUGUUUUGGUUUGCAAAAUUCUGGUAGCUUUCCUCAAAAUGUGCAAGUUUUUCCAGAAAUCCUGGUUGGAAGAUUCCUGGAAUUACGAGGGGCAAUACGCAGGAAAUCAGUAAUCCUCCGACAAUGAUUUCUAGAAAACCAGCGAAUUUGGGGAAAGUUCCCAGAAUUUUGCAACCUUAUUGUUGCUUAUUUGUUGAUUGUUAGAGAACAGCCUUGAUUAGUGCUUUAUGAUGAGAUUUUUUUAUUAUCAAAUGUUUUCUUUUCUUUUAUUAUGCUAGAUGAUUUUAUUUACAUGCCUCAGGAAACAAACAAACGGUGGUAUUUUUUUAUUUGAUAUAGUCGUUCAUCUUAAAUGUUCUUCGAGUGUAUACCCAUGAUGUGUAUAAAGCAUGUUAGUUCCCACUCUCCAUUUCUCCAUACCAACAUAGCGCCCCCCCGCCCCCCGCCUACCAAUCUAACUACCGUUUACUGUAGUAUUAAACAUCCUGCCAUUUGACAGGUUGAUUAAAGUAAGACGGGUUUAUAACCUUUGCCAUAUUAUUAUCUUUCUCUCAACACUCAAUACACUGUUCAAUUUUUACAAUAUACACUUUUCUGAAUACAUACUCAAAACUCUCAACAAUCGUGUGCUUUGACAUUUAGGAAGAGUGUGGAUGUUGUGAAUGUGUCUACGAGAACAGAAGUGCAUAUUUAUUCUGUUUUCGGGCUACAGGAACCCUGUGCUCGAGUCCCAUCUGUUGAUAUAGUGUACCACAUAUCCCUUUCAUAUACAGACAAAUCCCCCUAUUUUAAACAUGCCAGCUUUUUUAUACCAGCUCUUUUGUAUAUCUGAAAGGGGUAGUGGGUAAAAAACAAGGAGAAAUAAAACCCACCUAAAGACCUAGUUGUGAUUCCUGCAUUUUCACAGACCCCGUAACCAACAUGCAGGUAUCAGGUCUCUGUGAAUGCUUCUCUGCUUUUUUGGCAGGUAAAUUCAUAAACACUUCCAUUGUUUAACACCUCCCUAACUUGAAAUGCAAACAGCCCCCAUGGUUUAACCACACUCCCCACCCCUCCGAAUUUGCCAGCUACCCACUGAUAUGUAUUAAAGGGGUAUACCUGCAGGAAAGUGGUCAAUAAGGGGCUGUUUGAAAGGGGCUCAUAUAAACAUGACCUUUUCUUUGUUUUACAGGUAAUAUACCACGUCUUCUGUCUGAAAUGGGUAAAAUAGUUGUAUCUCUAUAGAGUGCACUAUGGACAGCUGUCAACUCUGGGCCAACACAUCUCGUACACACCUGAGCCCCUGUUCACUAUGUAUGGUUAGACUCAGGUGUAACAUCCAACGAGCAGUGAUUCUAACCAGACAACUAAAAAUUAAGACACAUUUUAAAGGCAUUAUACAGUUAUUAUACUACAUACAUAUUUAAUCUCACCCUUAAUCCUCAUCAUGUAGGAUCUUACUACUGGUGUCCCCCAGGGCUCUGUACUAGGUCCUCUAAUAUCUCACUACUGGUGUCCCCCAGGGCUCUGUACUAGGUCCUCUAAUAUCUCACUACUGGU